AAAAUCCCCAAAUCCAGUUCCACGGUUUCCUCCUCCGCCGUCCUGUACCUUUCGUCUUCCUUUCCCGAGGCAUCACCUACCCCAAUCCGGGCAUCUACAGCUGCGGCGGCCGUGCCCUACCACUCCUCCGCCGCCCGUCGCCGCCGUCUCCGUUCCAGGUUCAACCUCAGCGCGUCCAUGCCGUCUUCAACCCCAUCGGCAAUUUCGGCCAUUGGUUUCUGAGGUGCGUCAGCCCUAGAACAGGAGAGAAUUUCCGAAUCCAAGGCUUUGGGCCUGAUUGUAGAUGGAGAGGAUGACCACCAAUCCGUUCUACACUUCUGGAAUCCCGGUAACUGUGCCAUCGCCUCUGCCUUCGGCCACUCUGGAUGAGAACUUCCCGAGGCUUCCGGAUGCGCAGAAUGUUCUGAUGGAGAGAGAACUGAGAAGAACCCCUCUCCCACCUCAUCAGAGUAGUGUUGCCCGUAUGCGUGGGCAGGUUCACCCCAGUACUGGGUCUGUUGGCCCUCUGUGUUCGCCCCAGGCUGUAAGGUUCUCUUCAGUUCCGAAUCCUGAGCAAUAUACCAGCGCCAAUCCUUAUACUUCUCAGCAAACGCCAAGUAAUGGAAGUUCUUCAGCAAUGGUUUAUGGAUCGCAUCACGAAGGCCUUGAACCUACCUACACUGAUCUUCCAAUGGAUGUUGGACCAGCAUGGUGCCCUGACCACAUCAUGCUUGAAUACUCUGAUGGUGUCCCUGCUGGAAACAAUUUGACUGCCAUCAGUCCUAUUGCAUCUACAGAUGAGCUUGCCAAGCAAACUGAAUGGUGGACAGAAUUAAUGAACGAUGAUUGGAAGGACAUUGCUGACACCACAGGUGCUGCUAAAGCUCAACCGCAGGCUGGGCCGCCUGUGCAACCAUCAACUUCAGUUCACAAAUCAGCCAGCCUACAAAUAGUUCCAUCUCAAUCUGUUGAACCAUCUGUAGUUGCUGCACCCUCACCCUCUGCCAGCUCCAAUACCUCCAAGACACGCAUGAGGUGGACUCCUGAACUUCAUGAGCGCUUUGUGGAUGCUGUCAAUAUACUUGGCGGCAGUGAAAAAGCUACUCCGAAGGGAGUACUGAAGCUAAUGAAGGCAGAUAAUUUGACCAUUUAUCAUGUAAAAAGUCAUCUUCAGAAAUACAGAACUGCCCGAUAUAGACCAGAAUUAUCUGAAGGUUCAUCAGAAAGGUUAGAUGCCUCAAAAGAGGAGUUGCCAUCUAUAGACCUCAAAGGGAGUUUUGAUCUCACUGAAGCAUUACGUCUCCAGUUAGAACUUCAAAAGAGGCUCCAUGAACAGCUUGAGGUCCAAAGAAAUUUGCAGCUGAGAAUUGAGGAGCAAGGGAAGUGCCUUCAGAUUAUGAUCGAGCAGCAAUGCAAACCAGGUGCAGACAAGGUGCUGGAUGCUUCGACCUCAGCAGAAGGAUCAAAGUUAUCUUCUGACCCCAAAGAAUCUUCUCCGGUGAAGGAUGUUCCAAACAACAGUCAAAAUGGAACAGCGGCGCAAGCAGAACCAGGUGAUAACGAAUGAAGAUCUAACCAGGCUCUCCCCAAGGUGUGAACCCCAUUGGCCAUGAAGUUGGCUUGACAAUUCGACUGGCUGCUGUCGGACUAAAAUCAAGUCGUCUUUGUUCUUGUGGAGGAAGAAGUUUAGCAAUUCUAUGAACUAGGUUUAGCUGUACAGUACCCACAGACACGGCAGCGAUGAUUCCGUGCUAUGUGGAUGAUCUAGGUCUCCAGAAGGCUGCGCGAGCAAAUUCGCACUGAUUUACUGCUGUGAGGGGGUUGACUUAUUGCUUUCUUCGUCGUUAGGAAGUCAAUAGCUUCUUAGGCAUUUGGUCAUGAACUAGUUCAAGUGUCUGUUAUAUUCUCUGCCACCUCGUGUGUUUGGAACAUGCUUUAUGGUACCAAAUACGGCUAGGAAUAUAUUAUUUACCUUUGUUUCUUACUUCUUUUUACAGUGGAAUAAAAACUCUCCCAGUUUCUACA